AUGGUGAGGGGAACAGUGGAAGCUCACUAUGUAAAGCUGAUGAGCUAUAUGCUUGAGUUGGGCAAGGCUGACAGAGAAGGAAGAUUUGAACUACAUGUAGAUGUAGGUGCUGUGUUCAAGUCUUUGUACAUUGGUUUCAGUGGGCUAUGGAAGGGUUUCAAGGAGGGUUGUAGGCCAGUGAUUGGUCUAGAUGGUGCUUUCCUUAAGACAUACCUAGGUGGUAUAUUGCUGACAACUGUAGGAACUGAUGGAAUCAACCAAAUGUAUCUCAUAGCUUGGGCAGUGGUGGAAACUGAGAAUGAGGUUUGCUGGACUUGGUUCAUAAAAAUACUUGUUGAAGAGUUGAGCUUGGAUGAAGGAGUGAGAAUUACCAUAAUCAGUGACCAACAAAAGGGACUUGAGAAUGCAGUUCAGAGUCUACUUCCCUUAGCUAAGCAUAGAAACUGUGCAAGGCAUAUAUAUGCAAACUGGAAAAAGACACACAAAGGUCCACUUUUGAAGCAGCUUUUCUGGAAGCUGGUUAGAAGUACGUACAUGGAAGAGUAUGCCAUUACAUGCAGAGAGCUAGAGAAGGAAGAUGGACAGGCUUAUGCAGAUUUAAUGGAUAAGAACCCCAGCAGAUUCCGUAAGGCUUUUCUAACACCUGGCAAUUGCUCUGAUGCAAUUUUAAACAAUGUUUGUGAAUGUUUCAAUGCUUAUAUUCUGGAUGCAAGGAGUAAGCAUAUGUUAGGCAUGCUAGAUGAAAUGAGAACCAUACUCAUGGAGAGACUAUAUAGAAAGAGUGUAGAAAUGGAGAGUGGUGGAAUCAAUUCAACUGUGUGUCCAAAAGUGAGGAGAAAAAUUGAGGCCAUGGUUUAUAAAAGUAGAAACUGUAUCACUAUUCAUGCAGUUGGGGGAAAAUUUGAAGUAAGCCAUUUUGAAGAUAGGUUUGUAGUGACUCCUUCCCUAAGGCAAUGUGGGUGUAGGAAAUGGGAUUUAACAGGCAUCCCUUGUCUUCAUGCCUGCGCUGCUAUCCAUUUCCUCAAACAUAAUGUUGAUGAUUAUGUCCAUGACUACUUCUCAUUGAGCAAAUACAAGUUGGCAUAUGGAUAUGGGUUGCCAGCAUUGAAUGGAGAGAAGCUCUGGCCUCAGGCUGAGGGGUACCCGGUUGUACCUCCACCUGUGAAGAAAUUGCCCGGCAAGCUGAAGAAGGUUAGAAGGAGGGAUCCAUUCGAGAAAGAUCCAGUCAGGCCCAACAGAAUGAAGAAGAUAUGUGUGACGAAAACCUUUAAGUUCCGGUUUUGA